CAUGUCGGUUAUGUAGCUGUUAUGUAGUCACUUUUUUUUCUCUCUCUCUCCACAGUUUUCAUUCACAUCGCGACACAGACAUGGUUCAUUUGAAAUCUCUGCUGUCUUUUUCCAGCAGGCUGAUUCCAGCACUAAAGAGGCAGACUCAUGUCAUUUACAUCAAGAGGACGUUUCUUCUGUCCAGACUCUUUAAAAAUGCAGACGGCAGGUUCACCACCUUCGGACGAAGGUCCAGCUCCACGAUGGCCAAAGCAGAGAAAGAAGAAGACACGUUUCUCAAAUGGUUCCUGCUGCUCAUCCCUGCCACCACGUUCGGCCUCGGGACCUGGCAGGUGAAGAGGCGUCAGUGGAAGAUGGAGCUGAUUAAUGAGCUGACACGGCUGACGACUGCAGAACCCGUUCCUCUUCCUAUCGAUCCUAAUGACCUGAAGGAGCUGGAGUACCGACGGGUGAGAGUCCGCGGGCGGUACGACCACUCGAAGGAGCUGUACGUGUUGCCCCGCUCACCGGUCGACCCCGAGAAAGAAGCCAGGGAGGCGGGAAGGCUGUCUUCAAGCGGAGAGACGGGCGCCAACGUCAUCACCCCGUUCUACUGCACGGACCUCGGCAUCACGAUCCUGGUGAACAGAGGAUACGUCCCCAGGCAGAAGAUCCGGCCGGAGACCAGGCAGAAAGGACAGGUGGAGGAUGAGAUGGAGGUGGUGGGAGUCGUCCGGCUCACCGAGGUUCGGAAGCCGUUCGUGCCAAACAACGACGUGGAGAGGAACCGCUGGCACUACCGUGACCUGGAGGCCAUGUCCGGGGCCACCGGAGCCGAGCCCAUCUUCAUCGACGCCGACUUCGGCAGCACGAUUCCUGGUGGACCAAUCGGCGGACAGACCAGAGUGACACUCAGGAACGAACACAUGCAGUACAUCAUCACAUGGUACGGUUUGUGUGCAGCGACCUCCUACAUGUGGUACGCAAAGUUCAUCAAGAAGAUGAAACUGUGACCGUGUGAAGUGUCGGAGCACACAGUGCUGCUGCAGAGACAAACUGCUCAAUAUGUAAAUAGCUUCUGUGAAAACAAGGGAAUAAAUUAAGCUUUGACUCU